AUCCAUUUUUCUUUCCUUCUUUCUUUCUGAAACUAAUUUAAUUCUCUUUAUCCACUUUUUUCCUUCCCAUAAUGGCCUCAGCCGAGCCUGAGUCUGCCAAGGCCGCGCCGCCACCUCCGCCGCCCUCAACCGCUGCUAGUGGUGGAGCGAACUUGUUUCUAGCCAGUGUAGGGCUGAGAUUAGUGGUUUUUGCGGCGGCGGUGUCGAGUGUGGUGGUCAUGGUCAAUAGUAAACAGACCGUCGUCAAUAAACUCCGGGGCGUCCCGCCGGGCAUCCCUGUCCAGGCCAAGUUCGACCAUUCCCCUGCUUUCAUAUACUUCGUAGCUGCAUUAUCGUUAGCGGCACUUUACAGUCUUGCUACUAUCCUCACCUCCCUUUUUGUCAUCACUAAACCCAAUUGCUUAACCAAGGUCUUGCUUCAUUUUGCUGUCUGGGAUACGUUGAUAUUGGGGGUGGUAGCCUCGGCCACAGGGACUGCAGGUGGAGUCGCAUACAUAGGAUUAAAGGGAAACUCGCACGUGCGAUGGGACAAAGUGUGUUACGCCUUUGAUAAAUUCUGCCGUCACGUCGGCGGAGCUUUGGCGGCGUCCCUUUUUGCCUCCGUCGUGCUAGUGUUGCUCGUUUGGAUCUCUAUUAUAUCUCUCCACGCGCGAAUUCGCAAGUAGAUUCACGCUCCUCUUCUCAGGCCUUUAUUACCGCGCCUGUUUGUUACUGCUUCAGGAUUUUACUUGUAAAUGUGUUGCUUUGUGGUCUCGCCGAUUUCUAAAUAUAUUCGUUCCCUAAAAAAAACAAAUUUUAGAUUUAAAUUAAUUUGUUGUUCAUGAUUGUUUUUAGGAUUUGUGUUUUGUGUUGUUGAAUUUGAAGUAGGAUUUAUAUAUUAUUGUGUUGUACAUGCCAUUGUUGUGGAUUUU